ACUCUUUAUGGUUCGUUGGUUUUGUUUUACUUCUUCAGCAAGUUUUUCUUUCUUUCUUCUUCUGAUUUUCUCUCUCAAAAACAUUUUCUCGAGAAAAUCUCACGCGAGAGAAAAUGUUUCAUUUGUCUCUUCAUUAUCUUCCUCCACCGCCACCUCGACCUCCAAACGCUGCUAUCGUCGCUAUUACCGUCGUUAUUUUUCUUCUCUUCCAAAAUCACAGACGAUAGAUACGCACUUUUAGUAUAUUCUUGAUUUUAGGUUUAGAAUCUUCUUCUUAAUCUUGAUCUUGAUACUUCUACAAUCGUUCUUGUUCUUGUAAAUUGCAUUCCGAGUUCUGUUUCUUCAAGUACGCUAUUCCGAUUCUUGAUAGGAUUCUUGCAUUUUGUUUCACUUACUGUUUUGGGAGUGAAGAUUUUCCCGAGAAAAUGUUCCAGGAAAAUCGACAUUCCGCAUUAUUUGCAGCGUCUACUUCCGAUAGUUACAUUGAAGAUCCUCCCAAAAGGUCAAGAAUUUCAUACACAAGGAACUUUCUUCUCUCAUUAGCCAAAGUUGGUGGUCUCAGAACACUGAAAUUACAAAGGGAGAUUCGACUUACAAUGACUUACUUGUUUGAAAAUUCACUUGGCCUCCUACCCUCGCCUUAUUGUGAAGAUCUUGAAAAUUCAGAUUAUGUUUGUAAUCAAGAAAAGCGUCAAGAUUCUGCUCCGAAGGCUCCGGAUAAUGUCAAUUUUCUGCAUAAGAGUAAUGAACCAUAUCUGCCUCCAUGUCGCAACAAGGCACUAUCUUCUUCAACUGGAGACAGCAAUGGCUCGCUUAAUAGUAACAUAUCUGGAUCUUCUGAGUGUACAAGUCAGGAGCCAGCAGAACCACUGGACAGCAAUGGCUCGCUUAGUGGUAACAAAUCUGGAUCUUCUGAGUGUACAAGUCAGGAGCCAGCAGAAUCAGUGAUCCCUGAUGUCCAAAUUCAACAGGAGUUGGAAUUAAAAUCUUCCAAUAUGAGCUUAGAAGAUAGUUCAACUUGUAUCCCUGGUCUAAUAUUGCCUGAUGAGGACAGUUUAAUUACAUAUGAUGGGCCUCCUAUAUUGGCGCCUGAAGUGGAAAGUCCGGAUGUGAUUGAUAGUUUGAUAUCUGCCCCCGAUGAAAGCAAUCAGACUGAAGAUGAUUUUGAUUGGGAUUUGGACUCGGAUGAUCCAACUUUUGCUAUGAUUAAGAAGCUAGCGGAAUCCGUACUCGAUGGUGAUGAUGAUGAUUAUGAUGAUGGUUAUUAUGAUAGUGAUUCUUCUGAUUUUGAGUACGAUGAUUCCCUUAUGGAUGAUAUUAUGGUGAAGCUGGUGCAGCAUGGAGCCAGACUUGCUCACAUGCACCUUUCUACCCCGCCGUCUUAUUCUAAUCAGUUGAAUCCAGGAAUGGAUCAACAAGAUCAGAAUUGUUUUCUGAGAAGCUCCACUGGUCCAGCUGUAUACUCAUUGUCUUCCCACCAUUGCCCAUACCACAAAAUUUAUCAACAUUCCCCUCUUUAUGAUCCUGGUGAGCUUAGAAGGUUUGGUCUUGGAGCUGGUGAAUCAACGUUCCAACAGGGGAAAAUGCAACCACAGUUGCCUGCAUUUGACAAGUUGGCUUCAUGCAAGGAGAAACCAAAUCCAAUGCAGAAUUGGUUUGAAUAUAAGGGCCAAAGCUAUGACAAUUCUGUAAAUGGACCUCCUGAUUCUCAUGGUUAUGGCAAUAUAGAUCAAGCAGCAGUUGACAAAUUUGGAGAUUCUCAUGGUAAGUUCUUUGGAGGAUUCUACAAGUAGCAGACUUUCCACCGUGUUCAGCAGUCAUUCAGUAGUUGAGAUGGAGAAACGAAUAUUAUCAUGAUGAGUGAAUGUGACAAUGGAUUGCUUUAAUUUUUCAUAUUUUUUUAGUGAUGUAGUCAUGAAGGCUCUGAAGUUUCUUUAGUAGAUUUCUCUAGCUACAUUUUUAGUUACUGUUCCACAGCUGUGGUUGUUUUAGACUCUUUUUGCGGAUAAUUGGUUGGUUUUAGA